GUGUGAGCGGAGCAGAGCAGAGCGGAGCGGAGCGGGGCGGCCCCUGCAGCCCGAGCUGUGCCGGGCCCAUCGCCGACAUGGCGGCGCUGCUGCUGCUGYCGCUGCUGCUGGCGCUGCCGGCCGUGCUGCCCCGCGGAGCCGAGAGACGCUGCUUCUGCCAGGUUACUGGUUAUUUAGAUGACUGCACCUGUGAUGUAGAAACCAUYGAUGCCUUUAACAACUACAAACUUUUUCCUAGACUGAACGAACUCCUGGAAAGUGACUAUUUCAGAUACUACAAGGUAAACYUACAGAAACCUUGUCCUUUCUGGGAUGACAACAGUCACUGUGGGAUGAGAGACUGUGCUGUACAGCCCUGCCCCUCUGAGGAAAUCCCUGAUGGAAUCAGAUCUGGAAGUUACAAGUACUCGGAAGAAGCCAAUAACCUCGCUGAAGAAUGUGAAGAAGCCAAGAGGCUUGGAGCUGUUGAUGACUCUUUGAGCAAGGAGACCCGGCAGGCGGUGCUGCAGUGGACACAGCACGACGACUCUUCAGACAGCUUCUGUGAGGCUGAUGACAUCCAUUCUCCUGAUGCUGAGUACGUGGAUUUACUCCUGAACCCUGAACGUUACACUGGCUACAAGGGGCCGGAUGCCUGGAAAAUUUGGAACAGUAUUUAUGAAGAAAACUGCUUCAAGCCUCAGAAUGUAAAAAGACCUUUGGCAUCUGGCAGAGGAGACGACGGAGGGCACACAUUUUACAAGUGGCUCAAAGGGGUGUGUGUGGAGAAACGAGCUUUCUACAGGCUCAUCUCGGGUCUCCACGCCAGCAUCAACAUCCACCUGAGUGCCAGGUACCUCCUGCAAGACACGUGGUCAGAGAAAAAAUGGGGCCCCAACGUCACCGAGUUCCAGCAGAGGUUUGAUGAAGUCCUCACCAGAGGAGAAGGACCCAGGAGACUCAAGAACCUUUAUUUCCUGUACCUGAUCGAGCUGAGGGCUCUCUCCAAAGUGCUGCCCUUCUUUGAGCGCCCGGGUUUCCAGCUGUACACCGGGAAUAAGAGCCAGGACACCGAAAUGAAACACCUGCUGCUGGAAAUCCUCCAUCUGGCCAAGUCCUUCCCGCUGCAUUUCGAUGAAAACUCCUUCUUUGCAGGGAACAAAAAGGAAGCUGCUAAACUAAAGGAGGAAUUUAGGCUGCACUUUAAGAAUAUUUCCAAGAUCAUGGACUGUGUUGGCUGCUUCAAGUGUCGGCUGUGGGGGAAGCUGCAGACACAGGGCUUGGGCACAGCACUCAAGAUCCUCUUCUCAGAAAACCUCAUCGAAAGGAUUCCCGAGAGUGGCCCUUCCUAUGGCUUCCAGCUGACCAGACAAGAAAUCGUGGCCUUAUUUAAUGCCUUUGGAAGGRUUUCAACCAGCGUGAAAGAACUGGAAAACUUUAGGAAUAUCUUACAAAACAUGCGGUGAAUUCAGUGGAGAGAGAGAGACUUGUGGACAAACACCAUCAUUUUGUCACACUCUGACUUGAACCAUGGAAACCACUUGCUGGGACUUCUGUUCCCAGCUGAUUGUCUGUAACCUGCUGAGGAGAUAUUUUCUACAAKGAAAAA